CCAGAUUGGAUUGUUGGCUUCUGGAGGUAAAGAAUCGAAGGAUGAUACAGUGGUGAAAGCAUCGAGAAAGGAGGGUGAAAGCAUCGAGAAAGGAGGUCUCUCUCUCUCUCUUGCCGUGUCUCUCCCUUUCCCUCUCUCCCAUGGUCGUCUUCUGAUGCUACGCUACUAUAAGAGGCUUCGGUCUGCAACCACCGUCACCCGACUCACCACCACGAAGAGAUAGGCGGGUGGCUGUAGUUGGGAAGAAGAGACAUGGUGAAACUGAAGGCAGGCUCCAGGCCGCCAUGGGUGGGACUUGGGGCUGCCGUCUGGGUCCAAGUAGCUGCAGGCAAUCCCUUCAACUUUCCCCUUUACUCGCCCACCCUCAAGUCCGUGCUUGGCUACAGCCAACAGCAGCUCACCUUGCUUGGCGUGGCCAACGACAUAGGCGAAAACGUCGGCAUCCUUCCGGGGAUCGCCUGCAACAAGCUCCCGCCAUGGGUGCUCCUCAUGAUUGGCGCCUUAUUUUGCUUUCUGGGCUAUGGUGUCAUAUGGCUCGCCGUCAGUCAGACCGUGUCUUCCUUGCCUUUUAUCGUUUUAUGGCUUGCUUUAUGCAUUGGCACAAAUAGUGGGGCUUGGUUUGGCACUGCUGUACUUGUGACCAACAUGCGGAACUUUCCUCUUAGUCGAGGCACAGUAGCUGGCCUCCUCAAGGGAUAUGCUGGACUUAGUGCUGCUGUAUAUACAGAAAUCUAUGCAGGGGUACUGUAUAGUUCAUCGGAAAAACUUUUGCUCUUUCUUACAUUGGGCCUUCCUGCUAUAUGUCUUGCAUUGAUGUACUUUAUCAGGCGCUGCACACCUGCAUCAGGAGAAGACUCAGCUGAGCAUGGUCAUUUCUUGUUUACCCAAGCUACAAGCAUCUUUCUAGGCAUCUAUCUUCUCACGACUACAAUACUAGAUGAUGUUCUUUCUAUUAGUUACGUGAUUUCGGUGUCAUUUGUGCUUGUGAUGGUAAUCUUCCUUUUGGCACCAUUGGCCAUUCCCAUAAAGAUGACGCUUUUUCGAGAUAAAUCCAGAACCCCAAGUGUGUCUGAUCUGAGAGGUUCUGAUACAGAGCCUUUACUUGUUGGUUCUAAAAGGGAAGAAAAGCAGGCAAAGAGUACACCUAGCAGUUAUGUCCCUGUCGAUCAAAUUUCUGAAAACCAAGAGCCAUAUUUGCAUGUUUCUUUGUCAACGAGAAGCCUUGGGACCCUGGAAGAUGAUGAAGAGUUAGUUGAUGUGGACAUACUUCUAGCUGAGGGGGAGGGUGCUGUAGAAAAGAAACGGAGACCCAAAAGGGGGGAAGAUUUUAUGUUUCGUGAAGCCAUAAUUAAGGCUGAUUUUUGGCUUCUUUUUCUGGUUUACUUCCUUGGUGUCGGUUCUGGUGUCACUGUUCUCAACAAUCUAGCACAAAUUGGAACUGCGCUUGGGGCUAAUGAUACCUCCAUUCUUCUAUCCCUCUUCAGCUUUGGCAAUUUCAUUGGUCGUCUUGGUGGAGGUGCAGUGUCUGAAUACUUUGUGAGGUUGAAAGCAAUCCCUCGGACAAUUUGGAUGACAGUAACACAACUGAUCAUGUUGGUAGCACACCUUCUCUUUGCGUCAGCUCUAUCUGGCACAUUAUACGCCGCAACUGCAUUGCUUGGCAUCUGCUAUGGCGUCCAGUUCUCUAUCAUGAUCCCAACAGCUUCUGAGCUGUUUGGACUAAAGCACUUUGGUGUUAUUUACAACUUUAUAGGGAUAGGGAAUCCACUUGGUGCUCUUAUUUUCUCUGCAGGCCUUGCUGGGUAUGUUUAUGAUAAGGAAGCAGAAAAACAAUUUGCAGAAGGUUUGGUUACAUCGGAUGAAACAUGUCUUGGUGUCAUGUGCUUCAGGCUCACAUUCCUUGUUUUAGCAGGUGUUUGUGCCUUGGGCUCCCUACUGAGCGUCAUUCUUACAGUAAGAAUAAGACCUGUAUAUCAAAUGCUCUACUCAGGUGGUUCAUUUCGUUUUCGUGGUACUUCACAGUCUUAAGGUGGCUCUUCUUGUUGAUGGAGAAGAAUCAAGUUGUAGAGCUCGGUACUUCCAAGCCAGUGGCCCAAAGUGCAGAAGAGAAAAUUUUGAUGGUCAAGAAGUUUUGUUGUGAUUGCUUAGUCUGGAUUUGAAAUCAUUGACGUCAAAAAAUUUUGAUCCAGUUUACAGUGUAGCUUAUAUAAUACAGUGUGGAUGUACUUAGCUGUGAGAGAAGCUUCUCACAUUCGAACUGUUGUGUUUUUGUGUAUCAUUACUCGCAUGAGUUCCUCGGGAUUCAGAAUGUUAGAAUGAUAGCAUAAUAAAAGGGCCAGAUCAUUGCCCGGGUAACCUCUUUGAAGAAAA